UUGCAAAUCUUCGAUUCAAAAAACUUCCCGGCUGCUUCUACUAUUCCCGAGUCCUCCGAGUCUUCUAAUCGUUUUCCAAGUAAGUCUCUCCUUCCUUUUCUGAGUCAUGUCAGACCGUGAGGAUAGCCAGAACCCUUCCGUUCAUUCCUACGGUUCUGGUGGCCGGUCUCCAACCUUCGGUUCCUCUUCUUCUUCUUCAUCCUCCGACUCCGAGCGCCCGGCUACUUCUCCACAGAAGAAGCCGGUUGUUGCUUCCACUUGCGCUCCUUCUUCUUCCGUGGCGCAAGUGGCCUCGGUUGCCCAGUCCGAGGACGAGGGCUUCAUUCCGCUAGACGACCGGUUGCUCCAAGAGCAACCGUCGUACAUGCAGAAGCCCCAAGUCCACGAACUGCGCAAUCUGAUGCCCGAUGGGUAUCAAUUGACCUACCGGGCAACAUGGAAGAGCAUUAUACCUCUCCACACCGGUACGUCGAUUGGUAUCCAUUACCAUUCGAUCAAGGACUUGGGUGAAUUCUCCAUUCAUCCAUUCAAAGUCCUUUUCCUUGAGACGUACGGAAUCAUGCCCGGGCAGUUGGCCCCAAAUGGUCACCGUUUGCUGGGCAGUUUCAUUAAUGUAUGCCGGUUUCUCCGUAUUCCUCUUUCUCUUCGUCUCUUCGAUCACAUGUUCGAUGUCCGGCCCGGGUCCAAGGAAACCCUUGGAUUCGUGGUGGUGUCUUCCCACCAAGGCCGGACAUUCCUUUGUGGCCUUCCUCCUUCUAACAAGAAGUGGAAGGACAAAUACGUGUCCAUCAAGUUCCCCCCCGGCUGCUUUUCCUUUCGCCCAAAAUGUCUGGGGGAAAAGAAUGAGGCGCCAGUGGUGAAGUUCCAGUCCAAAUUCCCAAUCCCUAAGGUUGUGGUCGAGGAGCCCUCCUCUGCCCAGCCACUCACUCCUCCGUCUAGCCAACCGUUCCUGCUGGACGAGCAGCCGGCUCGAUCUCACCAAGGGACCAGCCAGCCCAUUCACUCGGGGGAACUCUACAUCAAUGUAGAUACCUUCGAGUUCGACACCCUGAUGGGGGAGAAUGGGCAUACCUCCCAUGCCGGCCAAGCGGGUCAUCCCAACGUGGAUGGCGAAGGCGAAGAAGAGGCUGCUGAAGAGUCCCUUCAGCAGAAGAGGCGGAAGACCGAGGAGGUCAACCAGCCAUCCCGUCCGGGGCCCCAGUCCUCCGACGCUGGCAAGGGACCCAUCGUACCCCGAUCUAUGGCCUUGAUGUCCCGGUCGGACGAAGAGCUUUUCCAAGCUUUUCGUACCGACCUAAAUGAGGUUGGUCGGAUUGGUGAGGAGUAUUUCGCGCGGCUGGUGAAGUCUAAAGAAGAGGAGAAGGCCCGGAUGGAGGCCAUGAUGGUGCAGUGCCGGAAGGAAGCCCAGGCUGCCCAGGCCAAGGCAGAGAAAAUAGAGGCGAAGUGGACGGAGCAUUGCCGGGUCUACCGCGAACUCUAUGCCAAGCACGAUGGUCUCCUCAAGGCUGCAAAAGAGGCCGACGAGCAGGCUCAGGCUAAGAUCCAGCAGCUAGAGGCCGAGAACGCCCGGGCUGCUGAAGAGAACCAGAGGCUAGGGGAUGAGAACGCCCGAUCUGCUGAGGAGAUCGCUCGGCUGGGAGAUGAGCUCCAGAAGGAGCAGUCGGAGCGCGCCGCCCUUGUUGCUGCCUGGGCUACUCAAGCGCCGGAGGAGUUCGCAGCUAAGGCGCUGCCUGACCGGGAGACUGCCAUCCGCUUCUUCCAAGGCUUGUACAAGUACGAGGUCUCGGCCGGGAUCGUCGACGAAAUCGGAACGUACGGCUUUGAAAGCGGCCAGUACUCGGAGCGGAAGGCCCUCUACGGCAUCCUUCAGCAGAGGAUCCAAGGUUUCCAGCCGAAGGCUCUCUCUCUCUGCCCGAGCUGCACAGCGAGGCGCCUGAACCUCCCUUCCCGGGCAUCUGAACCAUCCGACCUUCUCUCUUUUCUUUUUUAUUUUAUGAUGUAAUGAUAUGCCUCCGGGCAUUUUUGUAAGACUGAAAAAUUAAUGAAAAUAUGCUUUUUGUUAUGUGCUGAGUGCUUUUUCCAUAAAUUUUUUUUUACCUU